GGUCGGCGAUAAUGUGUAUAUACAUUACACAUUACACACACAUGUUAUCUAAUUGUCGCAUCCCUAAUUCCUUAAUCCCAGUUGUUAAACGACAUCACCGUGUCCUCAUUUCUAUUCAAAACGACCCCACCCUUCACACUGAGUACAAAUCAAUACUCAACCCUUCGCACCCCAUCUCUCUCUCUCUCUCUCUCUCUCUCUCUCUUCCACUUCUCUCCCCCAAUCCCUUUGCUUCGUUGACCCUUAAAUCGAAGCAAAAUUUUCUAGAUCCCUCUAAAUUAAGCUUCGUUUUCUUCUCUAUAAGAUCUACUUGAAUCUAUACUCCAUAUGUUGGAUUCCAAGCUCAAUUCACUGAAUUCCAAGCUUUUUCAGAUCUGAGUGGUUUUGGUUUGGAUUUCGAAUUUCGGCUUCGGUUUGAUUCUGUUGUUCGUGAAAUGUCGGAUGUACCUAAAGAUGUACAGAAAGAUUUACCGAAAGGUGAUUCGAUUCAAAUCAGAGAGGUUUGGAAUUAUAAUCUCGAAGAAGAAAUUGCUUUGAUUCGUGAAAUUGUUGAUGAAUUUAACUAUGUUGCUAUGGAUACCGAAUUUCCUGGUGUUGUUCUUCGUCCUGUAGGAAAUUUUAAGCACAUCAAUGAUUUUAAUUAUCAGACUUUGAAAGAUAACGUUGAUAUGUUGAAGCUGAUUCAGUUAGGUUUAACUUUUUCUGAUGAGAAUGGAAAUUUACCUACUUGUGGCACCGAAAGUCCUUGCAUCUGGCAAUUCAACUUUCGCGAGUUCAACAUCAGCGAAGAUAUUUUCGCUGCUGAUUCGAUUGAGCUUUUGCGUCAGUGUGGAAUUGAUUUUAAAAAAAAUAGCGAGCAAGGAAUUGACGUGAACCGAUUCGGUGAGCUUCUUAUGUCGUCAGGGAUUGUGUUGAAUGAUAAUGUUCAUUGGGUUACUUUCCACAGUGGUUAUGAUUUUGGUUAUCUGCUGAAGCUUUUGACGUGCAGAACUUUGCCGGAUACACAAGCUGGAUUUUUUGAUUUGAUCAAGAUUUAUUUCCCUGUGGUUUAUGAUAUCAAGCAUUUGAUGAAAUUCUGUAACAGUCUUCACGGUGGUUUGAACAAGCUUGCGGAAUUGUUGGAAGUGGAAAGGAUUGGUGUUUGCCAUCAAGCUGGAUCGGAUAGUUUACUCACUGCGUGUACAUUUAGGAAGUUGAGGGAAACAUUCUUCAACGGCGAAACAGAGAAAUAUUCUGGUGUGUUGUAUGGAUUAGGUGUUGAGAAAUCAGACUAAUUAAAAAGAUAAAGUAUAAUUGGUUGUAGAGUACUAUUUAAAGUGUUGUGAGAGUUUUUUACUUGUGUACACUUCUACCAGAAAGAAAUGGUUGUUGUUUACUUGUAACAUUUUCAUCAUGUUCGUUUGAAUUUGUAACUGAAAAAACCUUAGCUUGUUUUGUUAGCUUGAGUUCUUUGUAAAUCACUUCAGUUUAGUGUUUCAACAAUAAUAAUUUAUGAUAAUUCCUUUUUAA